AUUGUGUUUUUGUCUAAUUUUCAUAGUGGACAAACAUCCCCAACGAUGGUGAAUCAGGGAAAUCGCCCCGUUGUACUGGUAACGAACAAGGAAACACCGGAAAAAGGCAUCAACAAACUGAAGCUAAAAUGUGAUGUGAUCUUUCCCAGCAGUCAUCCGGCUACCAGAGACGAAAUACUAGAACUUGCCGGUCAAGUCGAUGGAAUUCUUUGGGUCGGUCAUAUGCUGCUGAAUGGCGAGGUUCUGGAUCGGGGUGGUGAACGUCUGAAAGCGAUCUCUACCAUGUCAGCCGGUAUGGAUUACGUCGAUAUAGAUGAGUUCCGGAAGCGUAAAUUCCCGCUCGGGUACACCCCGAUCGUGUUGAACGAUGCCGUAGCCGAUUCCGCCAUCGGACUGAUGAUUGCAGCCGGCCGGCGGUACCACGAGGGACGUCUAGCGAUCGAUCAAUCACAGUGGAAGGGCGGCCCCCAGUGGCUGCUCGGGCAAGACAUCAAGGGCAGUACGGUGGGCAUCAUCGGAAUGGGUGGUAUCGGACAAACGAUCGCGAGGCGGCUGCAGGGCUUCGAGAUUGGUCAGCUGCUGUAUUCGGGCCGCCGUCCAAAACCGGAAGCCGAAGCACUUGGUGCCAAGAUGGUGCCACAGGACGAGCUGUUGCAGGAGAGCGAUUACGUGUUCAUCGCCGUUCCGCUUACUAACGAAACGCGUCACAUGAUAAACGAGACUACGCUCUCCAAAAUGAAGCGCACGGCUGUACUGGUGAACGUGGCACGUGGCGAAAUCGUUGAUCAGCAAGCGCUGGUAGCGGCACUUAAGAAUGGAACGAUCUUUGCUGCUGGAUUGGAUGUAAUGUCGCCCGAACCGCUACCGGCGGACGAUGAGCUGUUGAGUCUUCCAAAUGCAGUUGUCAUUCCACAUCUGGGAUCCGCUACGGUUCAGACACGGAACAAUAUGGCCGAAAUAGCGGCAUUAAACGUGUUGGCAGGAAUAGCCAACACGCCAAUGUUUUCACCUUAUCCGUAUUAAAUUGUUUUAGC